CCAAGUGACCCUCCUUUGUGUUAGCAGACCUCACACGGAGGCUCCAGAGAGCCAGGAUCCUGGCCCCAGCAAUGCUGAGUCCCCAUCCACCUCGUCCACCUGUGCAGGGAGUUCCGUGCCAGAGCUGCCGGGGUUUUACUUUGAUCCUGAGAAGAACCGCUACUUCCGCCUGCUGCCCGGAAAUAACAACUGCAACCCCCUCACGUUGGAGGGCAUCCGCUUGAAGGAAAUGGAGAAGAAACGGCUGCUGCUGCUAAAGGAAGAGGAAAAACAGGAAAAGAAAGCAGCCAGAAAGCGGUUUAAUGCGUCUUCCUUCCUCCAAAAACGCCAGCUGGGUUUUUUCAAUGGCACCAGUUACUGCCGUUUGGCGCAUGAGCUGCGGCUGAGCUGCAUGCAGAGGAAGAAGGUCCAGAUCCAGAGCUCAGACCCCUCCGCUCUGGCGAGUGACCGAUUUAACCUCAUCCUGGCGGAUACCAGUAGCAGCCGGCUCUUCACGGUUAAUGAUGUCAGAGUCGGAGGCUCCAAGUACGGGAUUAUGAGCCUGCACGGUCUGAAGCCACUCACGCCACAGGUGCACAUGCAUGAAAACCUCUACUUCACCAACCGUAAGGUGAACUCCGUGUGCUGGGCCUCGCUGAAUCAUCUGGAUUCCCACAUUCUGUUGUGCCUCAUGGGACUCGCAGAGACCCCAGGCUGUGCCACUCUGCUGCCUGCAUCCCUGUUUGUCAGCAGUCACCCAGGAGACCGACCUGGCAUGCUGUGCAGCUUCCGCAUCCCCGGUGCGUGGUCCUGUGCCUGGUCUUUGAACAUUCAGGCGAACAACUGCUUCAGUACUGGUUUGUCUCGGCGCGUCCUGUUGACCAACGUGGUGACGGGACACCGGCAGACAUACGGGACCAACAGUGACGUCCUGGCGCAACAGUUUGCUCUCCUGACUCCACUGCUGUUUAAUGGCUGUCGUUCCGGGGAGAUUUUUGCCAUUGAUCUACGUUGCCCUAGUCAGGGCAGUGGCUGGAAGGCUGCCCGUCUGUUUCAUGAUUCGGCAGUGACCUCAGUGCGAAUCCUCCAGGAAGAACAGUGCCUUAUGGCAUCGGACAUGGCUGGGAAGAUCAAGCUGUGGGACCUGCGGUCCGCCAAGUGCCUCCGGGAGUACGAAGGUCACGUGAAUGAGUAUGCCUACUUGCCCCUGCACGUGCAUGAGGAAGAGGAGAUCCUGGUGGCAGUGGGCCAGGACUGCUACACACGGAUCUGGAGCCUGCACGACGGCCUUCUGCUCAGGACCAUCCCCUCUCCACACCCCACGUCCAAAGCCGACAUCCCCAGUGUGGCCUUCUCCUCUCGGCUCGGGGGCUCUCGAGGGGCGCCGGGGCUGCUCAUGGCCGUGGGACGGGACCUCUACUACUUUUCCUAUAGUUAGUGCUGCAGGGCACGGCCUGGAGGAGCAUGGACCAACCUGCAGGAACAAAACAUGGUUUAUUUCCAUUUUGGACUGGGACACGCAGGUGGUACUGGCUGCCACAGAGGCUGUGCACAGCUGCCAGGGCAUGGUGCCAUGUCUUGGGCAAAGGUGGCUCUGCAGUUACUUCCGUUACAGUCUGGGCUCAGGGAGCUGGAAAGUGCUCUUCAUAAAAAGUACUUGUAUCAUU